AUGCCCCAAUCGCUAUUAACUCCCGCAACUCCACAGGAGCUAAAUUCGUUGCUGCAAUGGAUUCACGAGCUACUCACAACGAACUCGUAUUUGAAGGGUCAAUUGGACUUUACCGUUCGACAAAUAUCCGAGCCGUCCGAGUUGAAAGAGCCCAAGCCUUACAAGGGUUGGGGGAGAGUGUAUGAACUGAAGGGUCUGGAUUGUGACCCGAUACGCCUUCUGAGCUCAUGCGAAAUUAGCCAUUGGCAACUCGAGAACUUUGCGUCGAUCCAGUAUCAGCCAACUUCGACCGUCUCUCAUCCGACAUUACAACAUCCCACGGUGCAACUCACCUGGCAUUGUCUGGUGCUGCAGCAGGUGGACGUGAGAACGGUCAUCUUACGUCGCUGUCUGCUGGUGGCGCUGUGGGAAGUAAACGGGCAAUUCGACGUACCGGCCAACAUCAUCGCUCAGCACCUGGCUCCGUAUCUACCUGUCGUGCUCGAGAAGUUCCAACAGAAAACCCUGGAAGAGCGACUGGCGAUGCUGGUGGCCGAGGUGGAGUCCAUGUUUGAUGGUAGAUCACGAUAUCAACUGAUCGAUUCAGAUGUGCAAGAGGGUAGGAUUAGUGUUCUCGGAACAUUGUUGGGAUCUAACUUGUGUGCUGUCCCCGAGAGACCGUGGCAAAUGGGUCGAGCUGACAACACCACAGUUGGGAGCAAAGAGUGCCGAAGCAGGGUCCUGGUCAAACGGCCGUGA